UGUAUAUAUGCGCCUACUUCCGGGACGGAUCGGAUGCUGCCGAACUCCAGAAACCUCAGAAGAACAAACUGACUUCGCUUGCUAACACGGAGAGCUUAGCCAGUAACUGCCCACGUCUACGUUCGCCGAGAUUACCAGACAACACAUUGUUUGUGCACAUGUUGUACUGGUGACCUCGCACAUCCCUAUUGAGACAACGGUCCUUGGGUGUCCCCAGGUGCCAGUGAAAGGCCUUGAAAGCAUUUGAAAAGCCUUGAAAGCAUUUGAAAAGCCUUGAAAGCAUUUGAAAAGCCUUGAAAGCAUUUGAAAAGCCUUGAAAGCAUUUGAAAAGCCAAUUCUGAACCUGUUUUUGAACCUCAUCUAAAGAAAUAAGUUUUUGAACCUCCUUUAUAAAAACCUGAUUUUGAACCUCCUUUAUAAAAACCUGAUUUUGAACCUCCUUUAUAAAAACCUGAUUUUGAACCUCCUUUAUAAAAACCUGAUUUUGAACCUCCUUUAUAAAAACCUGAUUUUGAAUGAAACCUGAUUUUGAUAAAACCUGUGUUUGAUAAAAACCUGUGUUUGAUAAAACCUGUGUUUGAUAAAACCUGUGUUUGAUAAAAACCUGUGUUUAAAUAAAACCUGUCUUUAAAAGAGCUGUUUGAACCUGUUCUGGUUUGAAAUUGUAUUAUAAGUUUAACAAAAAAUUAGAGAAUCAAUCUUUGGUUUGCAUUAAAUAAUCCCAAGGUCAAUUUAACCACAUAUUUCUUAAGUAUAACUGCUUUAAAGAAGCGAUAGUAAAUCCUGAAUAAAGAUCUGUUAUUGCUGUCUGGAGAGUAUUUAUACCAUGCCAAGAAAAGGUCAGCGCUCGCAGUCUCAGAAGCUCAGAAGGCAAAAGGAGAGAGAAUGGGUAAAUGUUCUUCAAAGUGGUGAGAAGGGAAAUCAUUCUGUUUCAUCAACUCCAGAAGUCCAGCCGAGAGAUUACCUUAAAGAUGACAGAGGUGAAGCAGAUGUGGUAAAAGGGUUCCAAGCAGUAAAUGUGAUCGCCUCCAAAGAACAGCAGGUAAUUGCAUCUAAAAAUGAACAUGGACAGCACGACGGAGAAUCUCCAGGACCAUCUAAUGAACCUGCUGAACCUCAGCCAUCAGUGAAAAGUGUCUGUGCAUCCAGGAGUCAAGCAUCUUUUAAAUAUGGAAACUACAGAAAUAAGCAAUGUAUGGCUAAUUGUUUGGUUUUCCUUUCAUUCGUCCAUGAACAUGAUUUUAUUACAAAAGAUGAUCUUAACAGGGUUUUGGACAAAGGUCAUGCUAUGUAUUCAGAUGUCAGAAAGAUCUACAUUAACAGCAUAUUUCUAGAAUUUGAAGAGCUGCCUACUGUGGUUAAAAGCCGUAGUCAUGAGUAUCAGGUGGACAUGUCUCAGCCCAUUCGUCAUGGAUUAUUUGAUGGUGGUCCAGAUGCUCUGAGCUUGGAACAAGGACUGCAGUGUUUGAGAUCAGAGGUCCAGUAUGCUCUUCUACUCAUGACAUCAACAUGUAUCGCAGUUUGCAGGCUAAGUUCUGGUGAAUAUGCUUACUUUGACCCUCAUCCCCGCAAGUCAACAGGACUUCCAUUUCCCUCUGGCAUAAAUGGUGGAAAAGCUGUUCAGCUAAAAUUCAGCCGACUUGAUGACAUGAUUGCAAGGAUCAAACUUGUGUACAGAAUACUUGGAACUGCUUCAGACUGUCAGUAUGAUAUUAAGCCAAUCACAUUUCAAUGUGAAGACUUUGCCAUGGAAACCCUAGACUAUAUACAAACCACUACAAAUGUGGAGCCAAUGUUAGAUGAACCUGUUUGGAAACCAAACACUGAGACAUCUACUGAACAGACACAGAGGAUCAAUAUAGAGGCGACUUGUGUUAAAGACGCUGUGCGAUCCAAUGAUUCAUGUGAAGUGACAUCACCCAGAAUGGAUUCUUCUUCAAAUGAGACCACCGCUCCCAUGAGCCAUUGCCCCUCUGAUCCGUUACUACAACAAACACUGCCAUCAUAUGUAAAAGAAAUACAUGUAACAUCACAUGUGUCUAAGAAUGAUUCAAAUAAAGCAUCUGGCUCAAAAAAGACAGUUUUCAGUGAUCUCCCCGAAUCUCUGGUUGAAGAACUUAACCGUAAAAUGUUGAAACGUAGCAAAAACGAAAAGUUAAAAAUAAAGAGAAGACUAUUGACCCAACUUGAACUUCAGAGAAAUGAAUCUGAUCAGAUUCAAGAUGAAAAUGUGCACAAAAAGAAUCUUUAUAAACAAAGUUCUAGGUAUAAAGAAAACAAAAAGGAAUAUUUAAGAAGGAUUUAUAAAGAAAAAGAUGGCUUUAAGGAAAAAAAGAAGGCACAAAUGAGAGCGAUCUAUAGAGAAAGAGAGGAAGUUAGAGAUAAAAAAAGAGAACAUCUUAGAAAGCUGUAUAAAGAAAGUACUACAUUUAGAGAAAAGCAGAAAGAACGUGUUAAGAGUACUUACAGAAUAAAUUCUGUGUACAGAGAAAAGCAAAAAGAACGUGUGAAAAGAACUUACAGAGAAUGUCCUGCAUUUAGAGAAAAGCAAAAAGAAAGAGAAACAUAA